AUACCACUAGUACCAACAUAGGUCUCUGUAAGUCUAUCAAGUGAAGAAUUAAAGUUAGAAUAAUAUUCCCUACAAUUAGCAGAAAAAAUGGUUCAGCAAGAUAUCCGAAGGGGUCCCUGGACAGAACAGGAGGACUACAAAUUGGUGUAUUUUGUUGGCAUGUUCGGAGAUCGUAGAUGGGACUUUAUAGCAAAGGUAUCAGGUUUGAAGGUGGAGGGAGACUGUAAAUAAAAUAGGUUUGAAUAGAACAGGUAAGAGUUGCAGAUUACGGUGGGUUAAUUACCUCCACCCCGAUCUCAAACGAGGGAAGCUCACACCCCAAGAACAACACCUCGUCAUGGACCUUCAUUCCAAAUGGGGAAAUAGAUGGUCAAGAAUUGCUCGCAAGCUACCAGGGCGCACUGACAAUGAGAUUAAGAAUUAUUGGAGGACUCACAUGAGAAAGAAAAAGGCUCUGGAGAAAAAGCAUGCAUCAGCAUCAGCAUCAUCACCUGUUUCUUCUAGUUGUCAAUCUUCACUAUCUUCAAACAACCAUGUUGUGGAUUCACAUGCUUCCAAAGAGAGCUUUUAUGACACAGGUGGAUAUGAUGACAUGAUGAUGGGGUUAAUUGGUGGUGAAAAGGGGUACUCUAUGGAUGAUAUAUGGAAAGAUAUUGUUUUGUCAGGAGAAGAGAACAGCAUUUAUAACAACAAUAAUCUGCAACCUGUGUAUGAAGAAGGGCAUAGUGAAGAGGGAUGCAACUUCUCUUGUCCUCCACCAAUGAUGAUUAUGCCUUCUCCACCAUCAUGGGAUCAGUACAACAUUUCUUCUCAACCCCUCUGGGUGAUGGAUGAAGAAGAAAGUAACAAGAUGUUAUUCCCUACACUAAGUGACCAAUAUUUUUCUCACUAUGAACAAGGGAACGAAUUUCUGACCGGCUAAUUAGGAGAUUCUUUUUUUUCUUUCUCUUUUCAAUUAUCAAUAUUUUGUUCUUAUGUGUGCCAUCUGUCACAAUAAGAAGGCUUAAGUCUUAACCUGUACAGCAUAGUAUCUUUGAGCUUUCGCCAUGGUCCUCCUCCAUAGUGUGACACAGCUGUAAUCGAUCUCAAAUGUCACUGUAGUCUAUGUCAAUGUGUUUGUGGUUUUACUUUAAAGAAAAAUCCAAUGGGGAAAUUAAAGUGGUCAUGUUAUGAAUUAUGUAAAAUACUAUACAUCAAGCACUUGUGCAAAUUUAAGUUUUAAUCUGAUUUCGA